AGCGAGCGAGCGAUGCGAGCGUGGAGGACAUCGAGCAUGGGACACCUUAGAGGGUUAUUCCUUCUGCUCACGCCUUUGAGCUGGUGUCAUAUUUGGGGUGCUGCAGUUCGUUCACUGCCCGCCUGCCACCAGCAGCUGGAGUUCAGGUGCAGCGAUGGUUUGUGCAUCCCGAGACCGAGUGUGUGUGAUGGACACGCAGACUGUGAGGACGGAUCAGAUGAGCAUCGCUGUGGUCACCUUUUGUGUAAGAAAGAUGAAUUUGCCUGCCGCAGCAGACGGUGUAUAGCUCCACGUUUCCGUUGUAAUGGCGUGGACGACUGUGGUGACUGGAGUGACGAGGCUUCCUGCCAGAACUGCACCGCCCCCGACUCUUUCUUCUGCGGGCCGUCUGACAUCUGCCUGCCUAGAAACAAGCUGUGCGAUGGGCGGACUGACUGCAGAGACGGACGGGACGAGGCUCGACAGUUGUGUAGUUUGUCUCGACCACGCCCGCAGACCGCUCCGACGUGUACGGCGUCUGAGUUUCAGUGUGGAGAUGGACAGUGCAUCCGCCAGACCUGGAGGUGUGACCACUCACCGGAUUGCUCCGAUGGCAGCGACGAGGACAACUGUGAUCAGAACGAGUGUCUGGUCAAUAAUGGCGGCUGCUCUCAUCGGUGUGUAGACCAGCCGCUGGGUUUCCACUGCGACUGCCCCAACAACAUGAGGCUGGUCGGGGACAGCCAGUGUGAGGAGGUCGACAAGUGCCUGGAGAGCGAUGUGUGCGAUCAGCUGUGUGUUCACACAAACAGCAGCCUCACCUGCGACUGCAUCAAGGACUACCAGAUGAAUCCAACAACCAGAGAGUGCAAAGCCAAAGGGGAUGAGGCUCAGCUGGUUUUCACCUCUUCUAAAGGAAUACGAUGGAUAAGCAUCCCUGACUCUGAGCACAGAGAACCAGCUCUACAUUUACUGGGACCAGGCCCAGUGGCGGCUUUGGCCUUUAGCCGAACACUGUACUGGGCCAGGCAAGGCUCUGUAUACAGAGUUUCUAUGGAUGGAAAGAGGGAGGAUUCGGUGUUAGUCCUAACAUUUCAAGGUUCAGCAUCGGGUCUGGCUGUGGACUGGAUCCACCAGCUCCUCUACUGGACCAGUAUGGAGAGCGGUUCUGUUAACGUUGGCCUGCUGGACGGUUCAGCUCAGCGUCGGCUCAUUACAGGACUGGAAAAACCUUCUGCGGUGGCUUUGGAUCCUCUCCAAGGGCUCGUCUUCUGGGCUCAGUGUGGCAGCGCCCCAAUGAUUGAGAGAGCUAGCUUGGACGGGAGGGACCGGAUGCCUCUGGUCAUUUCCUCAUUGCGCCAGCCUGUCGCUCUCUCUCUGGAUAUGCCUCGUCAGCUGCUGUACUGGGUUGACCAGGGAAUGAGAAGCAUCUCGAGAGUAAAUCUAGAGGGCCGUCAUCGCAAAACAGUGGUAGAAUCUAACGGUUAUCUUGACCGGCCCUUCGGACUGGCUGUGUUUGAGGGUUUUGUAUAUUGGAGUGAAGAAGUGACACGCUCCAUCUGCCGAGCCAGCAAACACAAUGGCGUCAACCUGCAAGUACUGCUGUCAAACAUCACCUCACCGGGUGGGGUGGUUGUCAUUCAACCUGUUCUCCAACCGAAAGGGCCUUCUGAAUGCGGACAGACUGGGACGGCGUGUGUGCACCGGUGUGUUGUAGACCUGCUGACUGAGAGCCUAGAGUUCAGCUGCAGUCCUUCUGACGCUACAUUUGCUGGAAUUCUCUCUCUUAUCGUGUUUCUCAGUGUGCUGCUGGUGGGAAUGGCUCUGUGGCGGUGGAGAGUGGAGUUCAGGCCGUUCAAGUCUCUCAAUGAGCAGAGCUUCUCCCUCAAAGAGUCCCAGGACCCGCUUAUCAUCCAGGGGCCGCACAUGGGUCCAAAUGCAUGUCUCGUCAAGGAAACUCUGCUUAAGCUGGACGGCGAAUGAAGAAGCGUGACGCACACGGCCGACAGACUGGUUUCACCCAACGACUGGUUUCGCCUGCUGACUGGUUUCGCCCGCUGAUUGCUUUCACCUGACGAUUGGUUUCACACGCUGACUGGCUUCACCUGACGACUGGUUUCACCGACGACUGACUGGUUUCACCAGACGACUGGUUUUACUCGCUGACUGGCUUCGCCCGCUGACCGGUUUCGCCCACUGACUGGCUUCACCCGCCGACUGGCGUCACCAGCCGACUGGCGUCACCAGCUGACUGGAUUUACCAGCUGACUGGAUUUACCAGCCGACUGGCGUCACCAGCCGACUGGCGUCACCAGCCGACUGGAUUUACCAGCUGACUGGAUUUACCAGCCGACUGGCAUCACCAGCCGACUGGCGUCACCAGCCGACUGGCGUCACCAGCUGACUGGAUUUACCAGCCGACUGGCAUCACCAGCCGACUGGCGUCACCAGCCGACUGGCGUCACCAGCCGACUGGCGUCACCAGCUGACUGGAUUUACCAGCUGACUGGAUUUACCAGCCGACUGGCAUCACCAGCCGACUGGCGUCACCAGCCGACUGGCGUCACCAGCCGACUGGAUUUACCAGCUGACUGGAUUUACCAGCCGACUGGCAUCACCAGCCGACUGGCGUCACCAGCCGACUGGCGUCACCAGCUGACUGGAUUUACCAGCUGACUGGAUUUACCAGCCGACUGGCGUCACCAGCCGACUGGCGUCACCAGCCGACUGGCGUCACCAGCUGACUGGAUUUACCAGCUGACUGGAUUUACCAGCCGACUGGCAUCACCAGCCGACUGGCGUCACCAGCCGACUGGCGUCACCAGCCGGUUCAGAUGGUAAACGGUUUUCAAACGGUAACUUCUGUUUUGAAGUUUUGCUUUCAGCCCUCCAGAGUUCACCUCUGUUGCUGUUGAGGAUUUUUGUUUUUAUCCUUUUGAACAAACAUACAUCACAUUUUUGUUGUGCUUUGAAUAUCAGCACAUAUGCCAUGUUUGCCUUAUUUUAAGAACCCUGUUAUGUACCAUUUACCUCAGGAGGUUACUGGUUAUGUUACAACUGAAUUUCAGUGUGAUGGGUUUGUAUUAUUUGAGUAAUCACUUAUUCAUUUGACAGAAAAUUUAAAAGAAAGUCAAAAUGUUAUUGGCUAGAUUCAUGCUUCUCCUUGUCUUUUUCUUUUAAGACAACUAAAUAUGUUUGGUUAUUGGACUGUUGAUCUGACAAAUCAAGCACUUGAAAACUGCGCCAUCAGGCAAGAGGAAAAUGUCACAAAGCUCUAUCCUCUUUUUCUGUCUUUGAAUGUUGGUAGAAAUAAUCUGGUUCUACAAUGGGAAUGAAUGCUUUGUCCAGAGAUGAAGAUCUGUAUAUGCAAUAAGUGAGAGAUAACUCUGUGCUCAAACUGCUGAAUUGUGUGGUUGGUAUUUAUUUCUAACAAAGGGUUUUAUUUAUUUUUGGUCAACAUUACAAGAAGUGUAGUACUUGACUUGUACCUUGGAUAAAACUGUUAAAUGCUGUAAAUUAAUGAAAUAAAGUAUUUUUUUUCCCUACAAAUGUAUCCAUAAAUCAUUGUUAGAUGUUGAGUCUUCUCUGAGACUUGAUACAAUAACAGUGCGUUACCUUGACUGUAACUGUUGUUGAUUAACCACUGUGUAAACACAAUUAUCUGAAUAACCACGCAAGUUGUGUUUGCCCAGGGCAACAAUCCAGAUCUUGUUUGUUUCUAAAAUGUAAUACCUAAUUAAUUUGUCAUUGACUAUUCACAGUGAGCAAUUUAUCAGGUUGACACAAUCAAGGAAGGUUUUGAUAAAAAAAAAUAAAAAAAGUGACUCAUUGUCUGUUUUCUGCUGUCAAAGAAUGAAUAACAAAUGGCAUAACAAUAAAAUAUAAUUUGUGUCAACCCUUUAA